GUGUAUUGAAAAUUACAUAAUAUGUCAUUUUAUAGUUUCAUAUGAACAUGCUAUGUUUAGCCCGUUUGACAAAAUAGUGUCAUUUUUAUGCAACUCACUUUGUGAAAAUGCUAUGUUGAAACUGAAAGUGCCAUGUUUUUGUCACUAUUUUUAUCAUGUUAUCAAUAUUAAUAGAAAUUGAGUUUAUCAACAUUAUUACUUCUUGUCAUUCUUCAUUUUUCUUUUUCUUCUCUUAUUUCACAUUUAUAAUUCUAAAAUGUCAUUUAUGUUUACAUAAUUAUGUCAGAAUUCAAUAUAGAAAUCUCAUAACAUACACUCUAGAGGAGGUAGCUGCAACAGAGAAGAUGUCGACACCUCGAGGAGAUAAUUUAGCGGCAAUGGCGGUCUUGCCGGCAACACCGGCGGAGUCCUCGUUGGGCAGUGGUGGAGGCAUCCUCGUUGGGCAGCGGCGGCAACGUCUUGGCAAUGGUGGCUGGCAAAAAGGGUGGGUGGUGUCGGCGUAGGAGGUGAAUCGAUUGCAGGAGGUGCGCAUCGUUCGCAGGAGGUGCACAUCGAUCGCAGGAGGUGCAUCGGUUUAUAUAUGCACUUCUACUAUGUUUUAGUCUCAUUUGGGGAAUUCUCUCUACCAAAGUACUAUAGUUGUGGGACCUUAAUAUUUAUGAGGGUUAUUUAUCUUCAAUGCUUACUAAAUUGUACUCCGUAUUUUAGAAUCUCA